AUGCUGUUUAUCCCGACUGCUUGUGUUUCGAUGCUGAUAGCCACAUCAGUCUGCAGUCCAAUGAUUGACAGACAACUAAGACCACAGGUGAUAAGAUAUGACCUGGAAACGGAUAACAUGCCGAACUCGUACAAAUUCUCUUAUGACUCCAGUGAUGGAACCUCGAGGUCGGAGCAAGGAGCCAUUCAGAACCCAGGGACGCCAGAUGCCGCCCUCGAUGUCCUUGGUACUGUCCGCUGGUACGACGACAAGGGGCAACUGUUCGAAAUGACGUACAAGGCAGGCAAACGGGGAUACCGAACGAGUAUAAAGCAAAUUUCG